ACCACCACCUGAUCCAGUGCAUCCUGGAGUACCAGAGCAAGGGCAAGACAGCUGAGUGCACGCAGUACCAGCAAAUCCUGCACCGGAACCUGGUAUACCUGGCCACGAUCGCAGACUCCAGCCAGAACAUGCAGUCCCUGCUUCCCGCCGUGAGUACCCGCUGAGGGUGGUCCCCUUUACCCAGCAAGGACUCCGACACUGCCUAAAAUCGGGAGUUGUGGGCAUGUCACCUCAGGUAACAAAGAUGACUCAGAGAAACCAAAAAUACCACUAGAGUCACCAGAAAUGGGAGUGUGGGCGGUGGUGACCAACCCUUCCUGACAGACUGAGGGUAACGACAGCGUCUGAGGUGGCCGGGUCGGACCUGUGGUUCAGCCUCUUUAUGUAUUGAAGGGAGGGAAGCCCCGGAAGAACCACCGUAGGAACGGCCGCAGCUCUCGGGUCGGGGGUGGGGAGAGAUGGGAUGGGGGCCCUGCGUCUCCCCGGAACCUCUCCGGGUGCUUUGAGCAGUUGUGAACCAUGCACAUGCGCUGCUGUGGGUGAAAACAGAACUUAAAAGAAAACAUGCCCAGCACAGUACAUUCUCCCAAUGAUAGUUCAAAUUUUUUAUUUUGUUUGAUUUUUUAAAAUGCAUUUUUCCAAAAUUAAAUUGUCGCCGGGAGUGCCGUAUCUCCUAGUGACCCUUAGUCCUUGGCAGGUGAUGACGUAAAUGCCAGGAUGCGUUUCGUGAGUAAAAAUGUUAAACCCACCUCCAUUGACCUGUCACAUUGCAGUUCUUCACCGUGCAGACACCCGCAGGUCCUGGUGGAAAUGUCCUUUUUUUGGCCAGCUGUAGACAGCGUGUGUGUGCACACCUCCAGAGCUGCUGUUGGACCUUGAUCUGGGAGAGUGCUGAGGGUCACUUCACACUCCCUUCUGUGUGGUGUGAUCCCAGCCGCCCACGCAGAACAUGAACCUGGGCCCUGGAGCCCUGACUCAGAGUGGCUCCAGCCAGGGCCUGCACUCCCAGGGCAGCCUGAGUGACGCCAUCAGCACGGGCCUGCCACCCUCCUCCCUCCUGCAGGGCCAGAUUGGCAACGGGCCGAGCCACGUGACCAUGCAGCAGACGGCGCCUAACACGCUGCCCACCACCUCCAUGAGCAUCUCGGGGCCCGGCUACAGCCACGCGGGGCCCGCCUCACAGGGCGUCCCCAUGCAGGGGCAAGGUACCAUCGGCAACUACGUGUCUCGGACCAACAUCAACAUGCAGUCCAACCCAGUCUCCAUGAUGCAGCAGCAGGCGGCCACGUCGCACUACAGCUCGGCUCAGGGCGGCAGCCAGCACUACCAGGGCCAGUCGUCCAUCGCCAUGAUGGGGCAGGGCAGCCAGGGGAGCAGCAUGAUGGGGCAGCGGCCUAUGGCGCCCUACCGGCCCUCCCAGCAAGGCUCUUCCCAGCAGUACCUGGGCCAGGAGGAGUACUAUGGUGAGCAGUACAGCCACAGCCAGGGCGCCGCAGAGCCCAUGGGCCAGCAGUACUACCCCGACGGCCACGGCGAUUACGCCUACCAGCAGUCAUCCUACACGGAGCAGAGCUACGACCGGUCAUUCGAGGAGUCCGCACAGCACUACUACGAGGGGGGAAACUCCCAGUACAGCCAGCAGCAGGCUGGGUACCAGCAGGGUGCCGCACAGCAGCAGACCUACUCCCAGCAGCAGUACCCCAGCCAGCAGAGCUACCCCGGGCAGCAGCAGGGCUACGGGCCUGCCCAGGGAGCCCCGUCACAGUACCCCAGCUACCAGCAAGGCCAAGGCCAGCAGUACGGAAGCUACCGAGCACCGCAGACAGCGCCGUCUGCCCAGCAGCAGCGGCCCUACGGCUAUGAACAGGGCCAGUAUGGAAAUUACCAGCAGUAAGGGAUACACGUUCUGGCUGGAGCCCUUGUGGUGGCGUGUUCAUCCAGGGGCCGGAGGGACUGGCGGCAGCUCUGCUGAAUUGUGACAUGUUGGUUACCCUUUCGCCCAGUGCCACGUCUGCAUGUGAAGCGUGCUCAUUUCAUGCUGGGUAUGACGCCGAGCGCGCACCCCUGGCGCAAGACAGCGCUUGGUGGUGUGAUACUUUUGGUGCUGUGUAUAGUAUUGUAUGUCGGUACAUGGAGAGGUAUCCUUUUUUUGUCCCCCUGCCCCCUUCUCAAUGUUUCUAGCUAGCUUUGGGGGUCAUUUUGUCAUCAGAGCAUUCUGUACCCAGGGACGGGACAGAUCUUGAGGACACCACAGUCCACCUGUUCCCGUCAACAGACCUUAGGUCUCAUUUCCCUCCUCAUACAGUGUUGUGUGGGUUGUCAGCUUUUCUUUAACUGGCUACACCACAGCGGGACACACAUACAGCCCCUGGAGGGCAGCCUCUUCCUGUGCCUCGAUGGGGUGGGUGGGAGCAUCUUCUGUGUGUUGGGUCAGUUUCUGUCACAUAACGAAAAGGAUGAGCAUCUCCCACGGGAGAGGCCACAGCCAGCCACUUCCAGAGCUUGCUCAUUGCCUGUCUCUCACCAGUUCCGUUUAUCCAAAACGGUACAUAUUUUUGAAUUAAAAAGUAAACAGGGGUCAGUGACUGUAUCCCAAAUAAAUAUGAAUCCCUAAGGGCCGUGGACAAAUUGCCUAACCCUGGGCCAGCGGUAUUGCUGAAGGAAAGAGAGGCAGCUCUCUGGGAAGUGGGCCCUCAGAGGUUACUCUGGCUUUGACCCUUGUUUAGCUGAUGGUCAUUUCUGGGAUUGGAAUAGUUAAUAUGCCCAAUUCUAAGUUGAUAGGUAAUAUAAAAUAUUCAAAUCAAAUUUUCCAAACAGUUGGCAAGUUGUUUAUUUUAUAUUAUUUCUUCCAGGACCUACUUGCUCAGAUCUCCAAGCAAGCAUUUCUUUUCUUUUAGGGAUGUCUGAAAGUCACACCCACUAACAUUACUGUGUUCUUUCUAAUGAAAAGUAAAGGUUUUAUAUAGAGAAA